UGGACACCCCAACCGGCGGGGUCCUCCACGCCGCCCCGGCCCCGUCGCGGAGCCCGCCCUGCGCCAACGCGGACCCGCUGCCCCCGAAAAUGAUCCACAGUUUGUUUCUCAUCAACUGCUCGGGAGACAUAUUCCUGGAGAAGCACUGGAAAAGCGUUGUGAGCCAAUCAGUCUGUGACUAUUUCUUUGAAGCUCAGGAGAAAGCUGCUGAUGUUGAGAAUGUGCCACCUGUAAUCUCAACACCUCACCACUACCUCAUCAGUAUCUACAGGGAUAAGCUUUUUUUUGUGUCCGUCAUUCAGAGUGAAGUGCCACCUCUUUUUGUAAUUGAGUUCCUUCACCGGGUUGCUGACACUUUCCAGGAUUACUUUGGUGAAUGUUCAGAGACUGCAAUUAAGGACAAUGUGGUCAUAGUUUAUGAGCUCUUGGAGGAAAUGUUAGAUAAUGGAUUUCCACUCGCAACUGAGUCCAACAUCCUGAAAGAACUUAUUAAACCCCCAACAAUUCUACGCUCUGUCGUCAAUUCUAUCACAGGCAGCAGUAAUGUGGGAGAAACCCUCCCCACCGGCCAGCUCUCCAACAUUCCGUGGCGCCGGGCUGGUGUAAAGUACACCAACAAUGAAGCCUAUUUUGAUGUCAUUGAAGAAAUAGAUGCAAUUAUAGACAAAUCAGGUUCCACAGUCUUUGCAGAAAUUCAAGGAGUUAUCGAUGCUUGCAUCAAGCUGUCUGGAAUGCCUGAUCUUUCCCUUUCCUUCAUGAAUCCAAGGCUUCUAGAUGAUGUCAGUUUCCACCCUUGUAUUCGGUUUAAGCGCUGGGAAUCCGAACGAGUUUUGUCAUUUAUCCCUCCAGAUGGAAGCUUUCGACUGAUCUCCUACCGCGUCAGCUCGCAAAAUUUGGUGGCAAUUCCAGUGUACGUCAAACACAACAUCAGCUUUAAGGAAAACAGUUCCUGUGGUCGAUUUGAUGUUACGGUUGGACCAAAACAAAAUAUGGGGAAAACAAUUGAAGGAAUCACAGUGACGGUUCAUAUGCCAAAAGCUGUACUUAAUAUGAAUCUCUCUCCAACCCAAGGCAGCUACACAUUUGAUCCAGUCACCAAGGUGUUAACGUGGGAUGUUGGAAAAAUCGCCCCGCAGAAGCUCCCAGGUCUUAAGGGAAUGGUGAAUUUACAAUCUGGAGCCCCCAAACCCGAAGAGAAUCCAAGUCUAAAUAUUCAGUUCAAGAUCCAGCAACUAGCUAUUUCAGGCCUGAAAGUCAACCGUCUUGAUAUGUAUGGGGAGAAAUAUAAGCCAUUUAAAGGAGUCAAAUACAUCACCAAAGCAGGAAAAUUCCAAGUGCGGACAUGAGAAGAUACCGUCACCCCUUAAGGCGUGCUGAUGUUUUCUGAGUAUCGUUGAAAUGUAUGCUUAAUGACUUAGGUGGCUCUUAGGUUCCAGAAGGAUAAUAUACACGUUAAAGCAUUUGCGUACAACUACUUCCAUAAAAAGGUGGCUUACUAAUUGGUGUAGCUUUCUUAAAUAGCUUUAAGCUAAGGAAACUUUUCUAAUGAUGUUGCCUAUUUUUUCCUUUUUUUUUUUUUAAACAAAAAAUUUCAAAGGUGACCAUUUAGUAAGAUGCUACACUCAGUUACAGAGCAUAAUCAGGAGCAUGGAGAACUAAGAUAAAUAAGAACAAAAACGACCUACUGGAGUAAGCCACGUAGCUGCGACUGUCUUUUGCCAAGGCGGAAAUGCUGAUUUUCUGAUCUAAGUUGUGUGCUGAAGGGUGUAACUGAUCCUUAUAUUUCUGAUCUCGUCCAUCCCAUAGAAAUGUCUUUCCUGAAGCAGGCAAAUUCCUUCCCACAGAAGUUUACAGAAAACUGCCUCUUCAAGUGUUUGCCUUACUCAGCUUUUCACUUGUGCCAUUAGCAAGCGAGGUGGUUAAAGUCCCUUUACAAUCAUCCUGGCAAGUAGGGUUGCUUCAUUCUCACUGUACUUGCUAUUGUAUUUUUUAUAAAGGAGAUUUUUACGUCAAGCUUAGACUUUGAUUUACAGAGAUCUUGCUGCAGUAAAUGUACCCGAGUUUGUGCCAUCAGUUCAGUUCUUAGAUAUCACUGUAAGCAAACAUUUAUAUCAUAGGGGAUGCAUGCUUUAUCAAGAUAAAGGGAACACUACUUUGGCAUUUAUGAAGUUGCAAGCACAAGCUUAUGAGCUCUUCAAAAAAGAAGUUAGUACCCUAAAAGGCACAGUAGCAGCAGAGAACUUGCCACUUAAAUGUUUUGUAAAUUAGCCGAAAAUUGCUUUAACCAGAGGCUUCCUUAAUAUUUAACCCACUCUGGUCUUGGCAUUAACAAAGGACAAGUGUGCCUGCCAAAAUUUCAACUCCAAGUACCCUAGUUUAAAAAAGAAAUCCUUAAUGUGUGGCGUUUGGUAAAGCAGGGAGCUAUCUCUGUGUAAUAUGUCAACUGGCAGCUCACGGGUAGUUCAAUAUAAGAGGCUUGUCUAACCCACUGCUUUCUCUGGGGUUCGGCCUGGUUCAGCGUGGAUGAAUGGGGAAGUUUAAGGACGGAGUCACCACAACUGUCCUUUGUUGCCUGUUCUUGCACUGCAGUGACGGAAUAGCAACCUCACUCUCCUUCGGUCUGUUUCCAUGUUCCCCCUAACUGUCCAGACCAUACUUUAAUGCAGUUAAGAUGACUUAUUUGCCUACCUUUCUCUGGGCCCGCUCCCAUUCCCUGUCCGGCACCGGAUUUGGUAACCGCUUGGGGUGGGGCUGGAUGCUGUAGUGCCCUGUACCAGUGUCUUCAGCUCCAGCUGCUGUGCGAGGUUGUGUCCCCCAACCUGACAUUUUCCCCACUCCAGGUGCAGAUGCCACAUUGGAUGUCCUACUCCCCACCCCAGCCACCUAUAGAUUAACACAUCUCACCCUUCUUGGUUCAUGGGCUUUGCCUCUUUCACACUGCCCCCAUCCUUUAAAUCGAGAUGUUUCCUUUCCCCACAGGGUGACCUCUUGACUCAACUACCUCUUCCCGGUUCUCUGUUCAGCAUUGUUCUUCACAGUCUCUUACGACUUUUGAGAUACUGCCCUUGGCCCGCUCUCCCUCCUAUGGUGGCUGCAGCCCUGAUACCAUUUGCUGACUUUGUCUAUUCACGUCUUCCUCCCGUGCCUUUUCUCUCAUAAUCCCCAAGUCCCUUGGGCCCCAAGUAAUCCCCCUUGCCUCUCACUUUUCUUUCCAGAAAGCCUUUUCCUACCAGUCGUUUCCCCUUUGUGUUUUUAAGUUAAUGAAUUAUUUGUCAGCAUUAGAUAGCUCCUUGAAACAGGACUUCCCUUACGUGUUUGUACAGGACUGUGUACGCUAUCAAUAAAGACAUGGAAGCAAU